AUGGCACCCAAGAAUAACAACAGGGGUGAGAAUCCACCGGCCUAUGGAGAGCCACCCCAAGUCCCUGAGGCCGCAUACGGUGGAUAUGCGGGCUAUGGGGGCUACCAACAGCAAGGCCAGCCCAGCAACUAUCAGCAAGGUUAUCAGAGUCCGCAGGGUCAACAGCAAGCCUACUACCAGCCGGGGCCCCAAAUGGGAUAUUAUAACCAGCAACAAGGCUACUAUCAAGGCCAGUAUCCCAGCGGCUACAACCAGUGGCCUCAAGGACAAUAUGCUCAGGGCCAAUAUGCACAAGGUCAAUACGGCCAGUAUCCUCCUCAGGGCUAUUAUGGAAACCAGCGUCCCGGUGGAACGACAAGCGGGCUUCUUGGUGGUCUGGCGCUUGCCAUCAUCGGAGCAGUGUAG